AUGAGUUCAAAAACAUCAAAUCCAUACGAUUUACUUGGUGCUGAACCAUCGUGCAAUGAUUUAGACCUUCGCCUUGCAUAUCGUGCUCGAAUUCACGAAUUAAAACAAGGUCAAAUUUCCAACGAUCGAUUUCGACUUAUUAGUCGUGCUUAUGAAACAUUAUCAAACUAUGAUAAACGUCGAAAUUAUGAUGAAAAUCAAAGUUGGGUAAGUAAUGUUCCCAUAACAAAGUAUACACUUCAACAAUUAGCUGCUGAACCUGUUCUCGCAUCACAAUUGAAAAGUCGAUUAAAAGAUGCAACUCUCGCAGAAAUUGAUGCACAAGAUCCAAAUACAGGUCACACAUCACUUUAUUGCGCUGCACGUGCAGCAAAUAUCGAUGCAGUGAUUUAUCUGACAGAGCAAGGCGCUGAACCAGAUUUAUCACAAAAACACGGCAGCACUGCUCUUCAUGUCAGUUCUUUCUAUGGACAUCCGGAAAUUGUGGAAUGUUUAUUGGAAAGUGGAGCAAAUUAUACAAAAGUCAAUUCAUUUAAUAAUCUUCCAGAAAAAGAAUCAAUGAAUGAUGAAGUUAGAAAUACUUUUCUUCGUCUUCGAAAAGAUCCGUUUGUUCAAACAGCUGCAAAUCAACUUGAUUGGUUAAAAAACAAUCUUCAUCAACUUUCAAGUCAUAUUGAUGAACAAUAUCAUCGACAAUGUCAAAUAUUACUUCAUUGUGCAGCGAAAAAGGGUUUUAUCAAUCUUGUUCAAUGGUUAAUCGAUGACCAACAAGCAAAUCUCGAUCUGAUCGAUAUAAAUUUAAAUUCUGCAUUACAUCUCGCAUCAUAUGGUGGACAUCGAUCAGUUGUAGAAUAUCUUCUUCAUCAUGGUGCAAAUCCUCUUCUCAUUAAUAAAUGGGGAAUGACAGCUGAACAAGUUUACUUUAUCUUUCAUGUCGUGCGAGACAAUUUCUCGUUGCUAAAUGGUUACUCGAACAUGGAGCAAAUGUCAAUAUUCAAUUGA